AUGCCUAAACAGGAGCACUUCUGGCCUAAUCUCAAGGCCCUCGCCGAGAACAACGGGAUCGCCAAUCUGGAGACUCUCGGGCUGGAGUGUGUCGUCUGCACAGAUUCCUUCCACUACCGAGGCCCAAGCGAUGAUGAAAUUCAGACUCCGCGUCGUCCUCGUGUCCUUCCCUGCGGCCACAUUCUGUGUGCUAGAUGCCUGCUCGCAUACUAUGACACAGGUGACUCCCGCUGCCCUAUCUGUCGCACGGAACUUAUGCAUGACUGUGGCCACGCUCACACCGGCAUGCCUCUGCCCUUGAUUCCAGUUAACAUGGGCAAGCUGCCUCCUGUCCUGGCCCAAGGCGGCGGUAUGCCACGAGGAUGUGGCCCCUGUGGCAUCCUGGGUCUGCAGGGACUCUUUGAACGGGAACUGCGCAGCAGCCCAGAUAUUGCAGAGGAGCUCAAGGGCGAGUACUUGGGUAUUGGCAUCACGCUCUACAACACUGAUGAGUACUACUCGCGGGAGAUUAUUGGACCUGUUCUCGAAAUCGAAGCUCCUACCUGCAUCAAGAAUAUGAUCAGCGAGAUUGUCGACUACGCGGUCCGAUCGCAGCGACGAAACCAGGUUUGGUUGGAAGCGGACUUUAGCUCCAUGAAGAUUCGGGUGCUUCACUUCAAGCCUGAGCUUCUGUCACAGGUGGAAGAGCCCCCUGCAGAGCAAGAGAUGGCACCCCAAGAUGACAACUGA